CCGUAUUGGGACGUGGCCCACGUGCUGUUGCUAGGAGGCGCUGUUCGAGCCCGGAAGAGUUGAUGAGAGAAACGAUGAUGACGAAGAUGAUGAUGAUGGGCAACCCGAGAUUGAGAGGAGAAAUCUGGGUGAGGAGGCUACAUGGUGAGAGUUUCCUAUUCAGAGUGUGGAUGCGUGGGUGUCCAGAGAUGGAAAGCUACGAGGAGUUCUGUCUGCGGAGUUUGGCCAUACUGCAGGAGGAGGGGAAAUUCAAGAAGACGACAUGUGAGCCUCUGUGGUCCCUGAAGGCUCGCUCUGUAAUCCGCUUCCAUGGAAGAGCUGUGCUUUCGCCUCUGUUGAGUGCCGAGCUGCGCAGUGAGAUAUCUGACCACAGACGGAGGGCGGUCCAGCUGGAGGUGAACAGGCAGAACCGGCAGAGGAAUAACCUUUUGGCCAGGUUUCAGGACAUAGUGGAACAAGCUCAGACAUAUAAAGUACCAAGUGAAGAGGUUGAAAAGCUGCCGGUUUCUAAAUCGGCGACAGUCAGUGGCUACACCCUGGUCACCGACUCUCCCGGACUUCCUGGAGGCCCUGGAUUUGGGCCUCAGCCAAGUGAUCAGCCUGCUACUCCAUGCUCUGAGACCCCCAUCCUCAAUGGCUGCAAGGCAGUGGAGGAAGUGAUGGUGGAGAGGGAAGAGAAGAGUGAGGAGGAAGAGGAGGAUGACAUUAGUCUGGACAGCCUUCUUAAGAGAUCAAGGGAGUACGUGAAGAGAGAGCAGAAUCAGCAGGGGUCAAAAGUUGUCCCUGCAGUCACCAGGACUCCCCCGGCUGAGCCUGUCUCUGACAAGGAGAAUAAGAGUUGCAGUCCCAUGGGGGGGACAUGCGUUGAGUUUGGAUUCAGUCUGCACCAUAGCCCUAUCGGACCUCCUCAGACCCAAAUUCAGCAUCAAACUCUAUACGACCCCAGUCCCCAACGAUCUGGCUCCCUCUCACCUAGUCUACCUGACCAAUAUGCUCGUCUCCCCAGUCCAGAGUCCAGCAUUAGUCCCCGUCCACAGAAACGCAGACCUCGGCCAGUUUCUACAGGGAACAUCCAUAUUUCAUUUCCUAUCGGCCCAGCAGACCUUAUCCCCCGAAGCCCAGGAAGAUCAGGUGAAGGCGCUGGCAUGGCGGACUGGGGAGAAGCUCUUGUAGGGGCCACAAAGUCCUUCGAUCACUGGGGCUCAGUGGGCAGUGUAGAUGGGGGUGGUGUUAGCAGGAGUGGCAAUCGUCGAUCCAGCCACUGUGGUACCAGUCCAGUACAGGAGACCUGCUGCCCUGUUAGUGCCUCAGGGCCUAACCCGAAGGGACACCAAGACCAUCUGGCUGCAGGAUUUCGCCGGCGCUGCCACACCCUGGACAGCCAGCUGCAUGCCUACCACUCUGGAGUUGAGCAAAUAGAUCGCAGCCAGGAAAGGGUUCCUCGCUUCAUGGCAGGAGUUACUCGGUUGGCUCCAAGCUGGCGCACCCCUGCGGCCCCCUUAAACCAGUCGUAUGAGGUAGAUAAUCAGUCAGCAUCUCUGUUGAAGCCACGCAUCCCUCCUGAAUUGGCUCAGGUCACACUCAGAACGGACUCUGAUGAACCUCAGGGGACAAACAAUGGGAGAAUCACACCAACUGUUCUCAGAAAUGCAGCUGAGGCACAGGCCAGCAGGACAGAGGAGACCCAGAGGAGAGCUCGGGCUCUGGAGGACAUGCAAAGGCGUCUGGAGGAGGAGCAUGCCUUGCAGAUGUCGCUGCUCCUGGCUGAGCAGGAGAAAGAGCAACAGCGCCUCUGCCUGGAGCUAGAGGAGACAGAGAAAACACUGAAGGAGCGGGGGUGUGUGCGACCGUUGAGUGGCGAUGCUUGUGGGUGGCAUUGUAGGUCUGUGAGUGACAGCUGUCCUGUUGUGAGCCCCCCCUGUCCAGGACUAAGCCCCGCCCACACACCGUCUGAGCGAUCACCUGGACACAGCAUAGGUUUUCCCAGUCCUGUAAGUUCCAGUGUGUCCUCUCCCUCUGUCCAGCCUCCCGUCUGCCUGUGGGGGCCCACAUGGGCAGUUAGCAAACCUCGAGUGAGGCUUAGUCUGGUUCUGACCGCAGAGCAGCAGAGAUUGUUCUGUCGAAUUGGCGCCAUCAUACGCGGCUUCCUCACACGCAGACUGCUCAAAACAGAGAAGGUCAAACACCUGCGCCAGACCAUCGUGGAUACACAGGAGUUCAUCCGGUCAUUCCAGACUGAAGCUCCACAGAAGAGAGCCACCUUCUCAGCACAAGAUCGCUCCCUGCAGGAGAGAGUUAGAGCCCAGUUACGUGCAGCCCUUUACGACAUCCAUGACAUCUUCUUUGAAAUGCCUCUGGGGGAUCGAUUAGCAUUGCUGCAGCAGGACAGGGAGCUCCGAGCAGAGAGGAAGCUACGAGACAUGGAGAAAGCCAAGGGCCCCAAGGAGAGAGUGGUUCUGUCUGCUGCUACACAGAGGUCUAUGGACAGGAAAAAGAGGGUUGGUGAAUCCCCAGCACAGGCUAGGAAGAUGCAACAGAAGCCAAAGAGCCCCACUUCUAACAGAGUCCUGAAGCCAAGCCAAGGCCAAAAUUCUCCUGUUCCAGGCCAGUUGAACCGCCAGGGGAGCUGGUACAGAAAAACCCCAGAGGAGAGAGUGAGGCGCACAGAAAACCUGAAGAAGCAGCACUCUCUGGGGAUGUUCCAGGCUUCUGUCUCUGAUGCUGCUCGACUAAUGUCAGCCACAAUCCACACAGUAGAACAACUUCCAACAACCUGAAUGGGCAUAAUCACAAGUUAAUUAUGAAUAU